AUGUCUGCGCCGCCAGCAACUAUGAGCAACACACUCGAGCCAUUCCCGCUCUUCAUUGAUUCCACACCACCCGAAUACGCCAACUACUUCAGCAAUAUCUCGUCCAAGAUGGAAUCUCUGAAUAUUCUCUCGUCCGACUCAUCCGCGCCGCGAAUGUUCAAACGUCGCAUAUCCAUGCCAUCUAAGCUAUCGAAAGAAUUGCAAAUGAGAUACUAUCAGUACGAGGUUACGUUCGGCCUGUACAUGUUGACGGGGAUCGAGAAAAUGGUGCUGAAUAUGAUCGUCGCAUCGCUCUUCGCCGCAGGUUUCUUCGCACUAUACCAAGUGGUGUGUCGUCUCGCCUGGAUCGCAAUCGGAUCGUUUGAGCCGGCAGGAAUGUUGUGCAAUACUCAUGGUUGA